AAGCUAAAGAUUAUCUCAAUUGUCGUAUGGAGAAAAAUUUAAUGAAAAAAGAGCCACUGGAAAGUCUUGGAUACAAAGAUCUCAAAGAGGAAAAGUGAUAGAAGUUGCACGAUAUCGGGAUAUCUAACGAGCUCACGGUAUUUUACAUCUGUACAUUGAAAACUUUGAAUAAAUUUGUCAUGGAUACUACAGAAGUAUCAGAAAAUGCCAGCAAAGUAGAAAAAAAUGUUCAGAUUCUUGAGAACAAAAAUGAAAUGAGUGAAUGCGCAUCUCCUUCUCAGGGGAAGGUUAGUAAAAAAAACCAUGAUGGGCAAAAUAUGGGUGUGGUCGAUACUGAGCUUGAAAUAAAAACUGAUAAGAAUAAUCUUUCUUCAGAUAAAAAUGAUUGUAUGAUACCUUUUGCUAAUGAUAAAGAAGAUAAAAGAGAAGAUACUGUGAUUGCUAUUAAUAAAGUUCAAAAUGAUUCUGAUCUGGAGGAAUCACCAUUCCCAUCUGUUGUUGAUCGAUAUUUUACACGACUUUACAAAGUUAAUUUACCGAGUGGGACUUUAAACUAUGAAGACUUUAAAACUACCCAAAAUGAUGUGAGAAUACUAUGGCAUUCGAAUAAAAUAUGCCUCGUAACGCUCGCUCCUAGUCAUCCUGCAUUUUCACCCGACAAAACUAUAUCAGAAGUUAGUUUCAAGGUCACAUUGAAAUGUGAUCGAUCAAAUAAUAAAGUUUCUGGAAAACGUAAACGAGGAGCACAAUGGUUAAAUCCAGAAAGUCCUCUAUGUAUUGUAACUUUAAGUGAUGGAGAAAAAUAUACAGUGCACAGUGGGAUUCGUGGUAAUUUAAUCGAAGUUAAUGAAAACUUGCUGAAAUAUCCUGAACUUUUGAAAGAAAAACCUGAAACGAAUGGCUAUAUUGCUGUCGUCAUGAUAAAGUUACAAGAAAGAGAACGUUUGACUAAUAAUCUUUUGAGUGAAUCCCAAUAUGAAGAAUAUUUGAAAAAAAUUAAAAAUGAAUUAUGAAAAAAUUCUCUCUUCAGAAUGUCCCUGUUUAAGAGUAAGUCGAAGGGGUUUUGAAUCAAAUCAAAAUUAUGCAUAGUUUGAAACAUCGAUUUGAGUAAUUUUCACUUAUGUAGUGAGUAUGAACUUUCAACAUCUUUUUGAUAAGGUAACAUAAUUACUUUAAAAUUAGAUUUACGAUUAUCUCUGAAUUAUUGUGUUAUUUGAUUUUGUUUAUAUUUCUUGAUUUCAACUUCUUUCAUUUUUGUGUAUUUUCAUUUUUUUAGCAAUUAUUUUCUUUUGCGUGUUUCAUCUCACUUGGCUAGGAAAUGGGAAACAAACUUGCUUAUUCAGUGAAAUUUAAGUAUAGAAAGAGGAAAAAAGUCCUUCAUUUGUUUUUAUUAUCACAUUUUUGUGAAUGUAUUUUUUCAUUAUCUUGUUAAUUAUAUACUGUAAUAUAAGUACAUUCUCCCUCCAUUUUAUUUUUUUAUGGGAAAGGUGUUGUCCACGGCUUCGAUUAUGUGAUUUUCUUUGGGGUUUUGCAAAAAUACCAUAUUCUCAUUUCUGGGCUGGUAUCAUACGCAUGAAUGUACAAGAGGAAUUAAAUGUUUGAAUCCAUUGGAAAAAAUCAACCAAAUAUUUUUAUAUUAAAAUUCCCGAUUUCAAAAUAUUCUGCAUUUUCUGCUUUCACACUCACUGAUAUAGGUACAUUGAUUUCACAACCUUUGAUGAACCUAAACCAUUUUAUAAUAUAUUAUAAAAUACAAUUUUCAGAAUAUAUUCAGAAUUGUUUAUUAUCCGAUCCCGCUAUCCCUGAUCACAUGUCAUAAUUCAAUUUUUAUUAACAUUCAUUUUGUGCUUCUUCUAG